AUAACCUUGAUGUAAUUCUGACCCCCCCGUCAACCCGCACAGCACACCAUCCUUCCGAUGCAUAGACAAACAGAGCUGCAUAACUGUAUUAUCACCGCGCCCACCCAACCCAGUGUGCGCCGAUACUCAACGAACCGGAGGCGUCUGCACAGGUAGCCUGGAAAGCAUUUCCAGUUUAGGUGCAAUGCCUCUGCAAAAGUCCUUCUCCGAGCAGACCAGAAGCUCAAGACGACCACAAUGGCAACGAUCAAGGAGCAAUCCCACCCCCCAGGUUACCGUUUCAAAGCCUCCUCCUCCUCCUCUACCCGUGUCCGACAAGACCAAGAAUAAACUGCUGGCCUUCCAAUUCGACCCUCAACCUUCCGAGCUACCCAAAGCCAGCAAACCAACCGGUGGCGACGCCCAAGACUCAACCUCGAACCAGGUCUUGCCGUCAGCAGCUGACACCGCCGAAGCGACUGCAACACCAGCUGGUCGUCCUACAUGGCAGGAUCUGCUGGGAGAGUCCGAGGUUCCCAAGACAGACCAAGAGCGCUCCCCCGGCGAGCGGAUUCUAUGGUGUAACGACUACAAUGCCAGCCAGCCCAUUGCCAUCUCCCCGCUUCUCCCUCGAAAGGGCCGCAAACGCGCCAGAAGCUCGUCACCUACCUCGUCUCCAACCGCCAAGCAUCUAACACCUGGAAUCGACGCCAAGAAGCUGGCUCAAGUCCUCAAAACACCCCGCGCCGACCCGGCCUCGGAACUAUGGGACCGGUUUUCCCUCCCUGGCAGAGAGGCCAGCCCAUCCGGCCUGACGAACCCGCUGCUGGCACAGCUCAUGGUGUCGUCCUCUCCUCGGCCACCUGCCGAGGGAGGCGGACUAAGCAACGACAGGUCGCUAAGGAAGACCGUCAGUUGCGGUUCUCACUGGCCCAAGAGGAGGAAACUUGAGCGGGCCCACUCGGAUAAAGGGGACAGCGUCGCAAGGGACAGCAUUGCAGCUUCUAAAUCGUUCAUGGUGUCGGCCCUGCUGGAGACGGUCGAUGGUGAGAUCAGGAAAUCGAAGCCGGCGGAUAUCAAGGCAAACCAACAAGCGCAAUCACCGUCGACAAGAACGACAAAGGUCCCCAGUCCUGCCAGACCGUCCCCUAAACGACCACAACGUGGGAGCUCUCCGCUGGCCCAGAAGUCGGCCCGAGCGGGCAUCGAGGCAAAUGGAAUCAUCGACGUCUCUUCUGGAGAAAAGGUCUCCUCAGACUAUGGAGAUGAUGAUUUUGACGACGAGACCUUCAUGGAGCUCGAAGCAAGCAUCAACCUGGCACAAGGGGAUGAAAGCACUCUUGUCAUGUCAGACGACAACAGCCCUGAGCCGCAAGCCAUCAAAACGCUUGAGGAUGAAUUCGGCGAUCUGGAUGACGACCUCUUCGAUGGUGCUGUAGACUUGGUGGCCGAGGUGGAGGCAAAACAUCUUUCUCAGAAUCAGCCCGAUGGACAACGGCACCAGCCCAGUUCCCUUGGGUGGGGGGAAGAUGAAGCUUUUGAAGACGAUUUUCGCGAUAUCGACUUUGAAGCUGUCGAGGUUGCAACAACCAAGGCGGCUUCUCACCCCUUUUCGUCCCAUCUCAGUCACAAACCCAAGGCGAUUCAGCGGUACUUGAUCACGAAUGUUCUCGACAGCUCAUAUGCCGAUGAGAGAGGUCGCGAAUUUUGUGAGAAGAUCCUCCUCGUGCAAGCAGAUGGGACGGAUGCUGUCAAGACGGUUCAUCUCAGGGGAGAUUGGUACGACACCCAAGCAAGUCCCAAAGCCUAUGUCCACAUCAUCGGCAAUUUCGAGCCUUCCGGCCGCUGUAUUAUCGACAACAACCACAACAUUCUCAUUUUGCACCCCGACCAAUUGGUUUCUUCAACCGUUGUCGCAGACUCGUUUACGUGCAUGCGGCGUGCAGUUCUCCAAGACAGAGUCAAAGCCACCAGCGAGGCAACCCCUGCGCUGGUCUAUGGCACCAUCCUCCAUGAAAUCUUUCAGGACGCUUUGAUGGCCAACAACUGGGACUUGGGCUUUCUCGGAUCUGUUAUUAACAAGACUCUGAAGAAGCACCUUGAGGACCUCUACAUCAUAAAAGUCAGCUUGGAGGACGCGCGCGCUCAUGUAGCGUCCAAAAUGCCCGAACUCAAAUCCUGGGCCGAAACAUUUGUAUCCGCAAGCCCGAAACAAAACGCCUUUGUCCACGGCAAAAACGGGGAGAAGGUCAACAUGUGUGUUAGCAAACUGCUCGAUGUCGAAGAGCAUGUUUGGUCACCAAUGUAUGGAUUGAAAGGCAACAUCGAUGCCACCGUCCAGGUCACGAUGCGAGAGGGCAAAGCAUCCAAGACUUUGACGGUGCCCUUUGAAGUCAAAACCGGAAAGAAUGCUACUGCGAACCAUCAGGCUCAGACAGUGCUGUACAACCUCCUCCUCUCAGAUCGAUACGACAUUGAGAUCGUCUAUGGCAUUCUCUACUACAUGGAAACAUCACAGACCUUGCGCAUACCUGCGAUCAGGCACGAGCUCCGCCACAUGAUCAUGCAGCGAAACCAGUUGGCCUGCUAUAUCCGGGAGAGGAGCGUUCAGUUGCCGCCCAUGAAGAGGAGCAAGAACGCAUGUGGGAAAUGCUAUGCACAGGUCUCGUGUUUCACCUACCACAAACUUGCUGAUGGAGGCGACGGUGAAUCUAGCGGUUUGCACGAAAAGUUCGACGAGCUUGUCAAGCAUCUCACCCCUACCCACAGGGACUUCUUCCUGAAAUGGGAGGAUCUGCUCACAAAGGAAGAAAGGGAGAGCCAGAAGCUACGCCGAGAGCUAUGGACUAUGGUCAGCACGGAGCGUGAGAAGCUGGGCCGUUGCUUCUCCAAUGUCAUAAUUGAAGAAGGUUCAGCAUCUGAGGAUAGGAACCAGGCCAAGAUCAACCGGUUUUCGUACACAUUCAUCAAGGAAAACCCGGCCCCUGGCUUUUCGUUCCUAGACUCGCAACUCACUGUUGGAGAGCCGAUCGUCGUCUCUGACGAACAGGGCCAUUUUGCACUCGCACUGGGCUACGUAGCGGCCGUCAAAAAGCAGAAAAUCGAUGUGGUAGUCGACAGGCGUCUUCACAACGCAAGAAUUCGGCAACCGGGUUUCGACGCAGUCGACAACCAGGUUUUUGCAAGCAUCAUGGAUGUGGCUCCCGAGGGCGCAAAACCAGAGCAGUGCCAGGGCAAGAUCAAAGACGCUCCAGUACGCUACCGGCUUGACAAGGAUGAGUUCAGCAACGGCAUGGCGACUGUGCGGAACAACCUGGUUCAAGUCAUGGCCGAUGGUCCGUUUGGAUCCGCAGAGAUUCGUCGACUCGUUGUCGACCUAGCUCCCCCGAGGUUCAAAACGACCCCAACCCAGUACACAGUACCGGGCAGCAAUAGCUUGAAUGUGGACCAGAAGGCAGCGGUGGAGAAGGCGCUCCGCUUUGCCGAGCUGCAUGUUCCCGACAUGGACGCCCUUCGCCACAGGCACUUUGACGCGGCCUCCUUCAUCUCCCAUUCCCAGCAACAGCAGCAGCGCCAUCGCAGCCCGUCCACCUCCCCCAACAAAAAGGGCGCGUCUACCAACUUCCUCCCCUGCCCCUCACCCCGCCCCGGAACAUGCUGGUUGGCCGACCUUGUCCAUCCCUCGGCUCGCGUCCGCUUUGUAGACACGGACGCUCUCCUCCCAGACAGCCGCGAGCAAGCCAAGGGCAACCGCAUCGUCAACCCGUGCGAGGCGCGCGUUGUCGCCCAGCUAGUGCGCGCCCUAAUCGCCGUCGGCGUCCCGCCGAGCUCGAUAGGCGUUGUCACGCACUAUCGAUCGCAGCUCGCCCUGCUGAAGCACACCCUCCGCGCUACUAGCUCAUCUAUCAUGAGCGGGCCGGCCGCCGCCGAGGUGGAGAUGCACACGGCGGACCGGUUCCAGGGCCGGGACAAGUCGGUCGUGCUGCUCAGCCUGGUGCGCAGCAACGAGGCCUGCAGCAUCGGUGAACUCCUCAAGGACUGGCGCAGAAUCAACGUCGCCUUCACCCGCGCCAAGACCAAGCUGCUCGUCGUCGGCAGCAAGAGCACCCUCGGCGGCUGCGGCGAGGGCGAAAUGCUCGCGCGCUUCGUCAGGCUCAUGGAGGAGCACGACUGGGUUUAUGGAUUGAAACCGGGGGCCUUGGAUGGGCAUCUCUGGGACGAUGGAGGAGGCUGUCAGGGGAGUGCUGCUGUUUCUGCUUCUACGCAGGGAAUUGUUGUGGGUGGUGGUGGUGUUGGGGGGGGUUCUGAUGCUGCUAAUGUGCUGGCGAAGGGAACACAGAAGAAAAAGGGGGGGUUGUUGUUAUUUGCGGAGGAGACGAAGAGGAUGGAAAGGGGAAAGGCAAAGGGCAAGGAGAAUCAGCGGAUGAGCGCAGGUGCAGGUGCGGGCGCGACGGUGCUGCAGCCGAAGAAGACAGCUCGGAUCGGGGAGAGGGCGCUGCUCAGGGGCAAGCCGGUGGUGAGGGACAUUUUGAAUGACAUUAUGGAUGGCGGGUAUUAGUGUUGAGUAUCACAUGUUCUGUUUCUUCUCUUCUGCUUGG